GGGGAGGAGUGAAUGGGAAGCCGGAGAGAGGUAAUCCUUUUUUUCCGAUACGGUGCAACCUUGCGCUGCGUGAAUGGAGGCAACGAAGGGAAGCAACAAGGUAACAAUUAGACAGCACCGGGAGACACGUCUGACAGUUUUGAGCUGUUGCUGGUGCUUUGCACAAGUGAGCAGCAGGCGGUGAUGCUGUUGUUAGGGGAAACAUAGAGCUGAUCAGGCCGAGGGAUUUUUUUUAAAGAAGCAAGACGAUGGUGGUUUAUGGAAAUACUGUUCCCGCAGAAGCAGUCUCUUUGCUUUUACGAUACGAGCCGUUGAGAAGCGUCGUUUAGAAAAUUCGUUACGAAGGUUACUGAAACGAGGCUAAGAAGUAGAGUGUCAAUGAUUAAACUUGUACAAACUAAGAUAAUCGCGUGGUGAAAGAAGAAACGCAGUUUUGGUGUCCAAUCGGUCGAACUACCGAACCGAUACAACUUGCAUUAGUAUCGCUUCCAAGAUACAGGUUCCAGGCUACAGGUUCCGCCCCAGUCAUAGGCCGCGUGUGCGUGCUGUUGUUGUUGCAUCGACACAGCCUCCCGCGAUCGAUACCCGAUCCCGGGCCAGCCAACCAACCAACCCAUCUCUCUACCCAGCAGUAUUUGUUGCAAAGUGAUUCCGCUCCGUUAGCGAGCGACCGUUGAUUGAUUCUGUAAGGCGCGCAGCGAUCGUUUUUCUUCUUCCGCUGGCAGCGAAGGAAGAAAACAAUUGCCGUGUACUGUUUGUUCUGGUGUCGCGUUUUACGUGCAUCAACCCGCGGGGCGCAUUUGUUGCGUCCUAAGCAGAAGUGACAUUUGCUUUCCGUUGUCAACACUGGUGAAGCUGUUUUCGCUGUGGUGAAUUAUCGACUGAAAGUAUAUCAGUGUGUGUGUGUGUGUGAUACGGAACUGAUCACUGCGUGUGCUAGAUUUGUUCUCCGCGUAGCCAACGUUGGUCAUCAUUAGCAGCAUGAUGAACAACAGCAGCGGCGAUGAGCAGGUCGAGUGUCCACUGUGCAUGGAGCCGCUAGAGGUGGACGAUCUGAAUUUCUACCCCUGUACCUGUGGAUAUCAGAUCUGUCGCUUUUGCUGGCACCGGAUCCGCACGGACGAAAACGAGCUGUGCCCGGCGUGCCGGAAGGCGUACCCGGAAAACCCGGCCGACUUUACGCCCCUGUCGCAGGAGCAGAUUGCGGCGUUCAAGGCGGAGAAGCGGCAGCGGGACCAGCAGCGGAGGGCGAAGAUUUCCGAAAACCGCAAACACCUGGCGAACGUGCGGGUGGUGCAGAAGAACCUGGUGUUUGUCGUGGGGUUGCCGCCCAGAUUGGCCGAUCCGGAGAUUCUGAAGAAACAUGAAUACUUCGGAAAGUAUGGUAAGAUCCAUAAAGUGGUCAUCAACCCUAGUACAACGUAUGCCGGUGUGCAGGGUCCCUCGGCGUCGGCGUACGUGACGUACAUCAACAACAACGACGCGCUGAGGGCGAUCCAAAGCGUUAACAACAUCAUGAUCGAUGGUCGACUGAUAAAGACGAGCUUAGGUACGACGAAGUACUGUAGCCACUUUAUGAAAAACCAAACCUGUCCCAAGCCGGACUGCAUGUACUUGCACGAGCUCGGCGACCAGGAGGCUAGCUUUACGAAGGAGGAGAUGCACCAAGGGAAGCAUCAAGAGUACGAGAAGCGGCUGCACGAUGCCAUGCAGGCGCAGUUAGGUCUGACGUCUGCAGCAGGAGGGCAUGGCAGCAACGGCAGUGGUAGUGCGGCGGCAACGGCAGCGACGGCGGCGUCCUCUGGCGGUGGUACGGCCACCGCGGCCCCGACCGCCGGCCUGGUGUCGUCGACGGCGGCGGCAGUGGUGGCGGCGUCGGCGACGACGGCAGCGGCGGCUGUUGCGGCGGGAACAACUGCAGCAGUUAAUGGGAAUAGCGCCGGCAACAAGGAAAACUCGAACCGAAGCGACCGAAAGCACGAAACGAAAUCUCGCUCGAAAGGAGGCAAAAACAAGCAGCAGCAGCAGCAACAGCAGCAACAACACAACAACAAAAAUAGUCACGACAAUUCCAGUAAUCAUAAAGAUAGUACAAGCAACGUGACUAGUGCCAACGGUGUUGUUGCUGCUGCGAAGGGAGGCAGUGCGGCGUUGGUAAACGGCAAAGGAAGCAAGGCUUCGAACGGAAAGCAGCAGCAGCGGAACGGUGCUAGCAACGCCCCAGAAGCUCACGAGCAUGCGAUUGUGAACGGUAACAGCAAGGAGGCACAGAACAAUAGCAAAAACCUGAAGCAGCAGCAGCGCGAACGCGAACGGGAACAGCGGGAGCAGCAAUCCCUGCUCAAGGGAAGCAGUGAUAGCGGCGAGCAGCAGCAACAGCAGCAGCAGAAACAGCAGCAACCACCACAGAGCAAAAAGCGAGAAGCUAACGGCACCAGCAAUGGCCCCACGGCGACCAGCAUUAGCAAUGGGAACGCAAAUGGAAACGGCCAUAUUAUCAAUAAUGAUCUGGACGAUGACGAUGACGAGCUGGACUUUGAGGAUCUGGACAAUGACGCACUGUCGUCGGACAAUGAUGGCAAAACGGAUUCGCCUUCGUUAAGUAGUUCGGCUUCCUCCCGGAACGGAGUGGACAGUGAGACGGCUAGUGGUAAGAGCACCCCCGGUGCGUUUGUCGAUACGCUUAACAAUGGUGACAGCAAUGUGAUAGACGCUGGUGCAUCCGUCGGUGACGCUGUCGCCAGUAAGACCGACGCAUGUGAAACGAAUGCCAUACCAGCCGCCACCGAUGGGGACGCCGCGGAUUCGAACCGCAGCUCCUCGUCGCCAUCGUCGAGCUCGUCGAUGGGCGAUGAAAAGGCGGACAGCGAAAGUACUGCCCCGGUCGCCUCCUCAUCCUCGACUACAACCUCGUUGUACGGUGGGCUGGACGAUGGUACGGAUACCACCGCGGCCGUGAUCAGUGCGACGAUGGGCAAACUGUCCGUCACUGACACGACCGCCAGCAACGGUGGUAUCAUGAAUCACAAGUUUGCCAACGAACUGAUCGACCUGAGCGCGCGCUACGGUAAGCUGGAAAGCAUACUGGACGACAAUAGUAGCUUCUUCUCGUACAACACGUUCGAUCCGUACGGCAAGCCGAGUGCGGCUGGCAGCACGGACCUGGGCGUGGACAGUGGUAGCGGUAAUCAGAGCGUUGGUUUGACCUCUUCGCAACUUCCCGAUCUCUUGAGCGGUACAAACGACACAAACGAACAGCACGCAAAGGAGCUGUUGAAAAACAUGGGAAAUCUUCAGCAGCAGCAGCAGCAGCAGCAACAUCAGCAACACCACCAGCUUCAGCAGCAUCAGCAUCAGCAGCACCUUCUGCAGCAAGUCGCCCGCUUCCAGCAGCAGCUCUCUGCCGGGCUUAUCGGCAACGGUGAUAGUAGCAUGAUUGGCGGUGCGGGCGAUGAGCUCGACCCAGCCCUCACCAAAUGCUUACUGCGGCAGAAGUACAUGGUGGAGGAUCAGCAGGAGGAGUGGCUUCGUCUGCACCAGCAGCAACAGCAGCAGCAACAGCAGCUGCAGCAGCAACAGCAACAGGAGCAACAGAAACGCAACCACCUGAACAAUGGACUGAAUGGACUACCGCCAUUCCAUAAUUUUAACGAAUUUGGAACGAAUGAUUUCUGGCACAAAACAUAUGCUAUGCGAAACAACUUCCUAAGCCAGCAGCAACAGCAGCAACAGCAGCAGCAGCAGCAGCAGCAACACCAGCAACAGCAAAGGCUACACACAGACAUGAGCCAGAUGUACGGAAAUGCAAACAUGUCCAAGUUGAACAAGUUCUUCGAUUUCCACAAAAACCAGCAACAGCAGCAACAGCAGCAGCAGCAGCAGCAGCAAUUUUUACUCAAUGGACAAAAUUCACUCCCGCAGCAGGCGCUUGACAUGAACUUGCUAGCGCUGGAAAACAGCCGUUUGAACAACCAUUUCCUUGAUCAACACAACGAAAAUUUGUUAAGCUCCCAGCAGCUCCACAAGCAGCGGCUGCUUAACCUUGGCGCUCACAAUCCGCUCCUGAACGGUGGAGAUCGUUCCAUGCCGCAGCACAAGGCAUCGGUAGCGGCGGCAGCAGCAGCAGCAGCUGCUUCGCAGGCGCAACAGUCGGGCAGCAGAACCCAAUCGCAGCCGCAGUCACAGUAUCCCCAAAACCCGACCGCCGACGAUGACCUUGGGUUCGAUCCGUUCCUGGAAACCCAGAAGGCACUGGCCGAGCUGAUGAACGAUGAAAUGAAUCAGCAGCAGCUGCCUCAGAGCGGCUCGAACCACAGCAAGGUGCUAGAGAAUGUUCAGCAGCAGCAGCAGCAGCAACAGCAGCAGCAACAGCAACAGCAGCAGCAGCAGCACCAACAACAGCAUCAACAACAGCAACGUACCCGCAUGCCACCGCCUGGCUUCAACCACAUGAACGCUUUCGGAUUUGGUGUACCACGGGCACAAGGCAGCAAAAUUCUACCCUUCAUGAACGGUGGUAUGCAAAUGCCGAAUGGACAGCAGCCGCAGCAGCCGCCGCAGAACGGCAACUGGAAUCAGCAGGUGCAGCAACCCUUCCUAGGAUAUCAGCAAAAUGAGCACAUGGCUCAGCCGCAGAACGGACUCAACAAAGCAGCGUAUGGCAAUAAUCUCACCGACUGGACGUCGAUGGACCCGGCUAUCGUUUCUUACCGUCAGUUCUCAUUUAUGAACGGACCAAACCAACCGGCCGGGGGUGAUCUGUUUCUGAACGCUCAGCAACAGCAGCAACAGCAGCAGCAGAUGAAUCAGCAGCAAAAUCUUCAACCUGGACAAGGUUUCGGACACCAUGGUCUCAACUUGCAGUCGAACCUGAUGGGUCAACAGCAGCAACAGCAGCAGCAACAACAACAAGCAAAUCCACAGCUUAACUUUUCUCAUGUCAACAUCAUCAACAACGAGCGAAACGUUUUCAUGUACGAAGUAGCCAACUGCGGUUUCCCGAACGGCUUCGACAAGUACUCGAUCCCGAUGCCACCGGGCUUUCAGAACAACGUCCCCGGCAACAACAAGCAGAAAACCGAAUGCAUCAACUAAGCAUAUGGCAUGGCAGCAUAAUACAGACAAAACGUAAACUCAACAAACACAACACAAGUAAUCACACAUUUCCGAUUGGCGCCGAUGCUGAGCGCCUGGGACAGCUCCAAGCAAGCAAGCAUCAUCAUCAUCAGAACGGUGCAGCGCAAACAGAACAACAAAAAACUACUUCGUCUGCUACCCGCCGCGCUUGGUUUGGUGCGCCUUCUCCCACUUCCCGAACACAGUGAGGCGCGCCCGGACGCUAAGGCGACCAAAACAAAACAUUCUUCGAUGGUGUUUCCUCGUGCACAAAUUCACUUCUGCGCAUGUGAUGAGAUGUGGUGUCGUCGAGAGCUAGCAUAGGAGAGCAAGCGAAAGUGUGCAGUAAGUACUCUAGUCUACUACCUUCGUUUAUUAUUUUUUUGUAAGUGCGUCAAAAAUGAAACAUGGAUAUAUUGCGACAUAAAAAGCAGAGCACAAAACACAGAAUUUUCAUUAACCCAUCCCUCAGUGACAUUAUGAUCAGUUUACAGAGGUUUUCCUACUGCAGUGUACGUGUUAAAGAGAUGCGCCUAAAAAUGGCCUAUCCCUACCCGAAUUGGAAAAAAAUCCGAUGAAAGUGGUAGUAGAUGAUGGAUACGCGUGCAAUGGUGGUAUGUUGCGUUCGAGAACGCCGUAAUUGCGAGAUACAUAAAAGUGCUAGAAAAGUUAAUAGCCUUACACUCUACUAUCCGUGUUUUAUCGUUGGAGGUUUUUUUGGUACGAAGGACAAGCUGGUUCGAUCGAUUUUGAUCGGCAUUUGAGAUGGUUCAAAAGGAACAAAAAAACCCCUUUCGAUGAAACGCCGAUGACUAGUGUGAGGCAAAGAAGUGGAAAGCUUUGGAACAAAACUCGAGGACGCAUCAGGAUGUAGGGAAAAGCAAAUUAAGAUUUCAGUCGGUGAUUCCGGAACUGGGUAGAAGUGAUCUUAAUGGUAUGACGGUGUUUCCCUUGCGAAGGCAGGGAUACACUCGAUCAGAUAGCUGGAUGGCGGUUUGGUUGGUUUGUGGUUGCUGCCAUACCCCGUGUUAUAACACAUUUUGUGGUAGCUGUGAAACAUAUAGCUAUAGUCGCUAUAGGAUGUGCUGUUAUGCGGGCGUGUUAUGUUGGAAACCAUGAUUCUAGUCAAUCCGCCUUCGACCCAUUGAGAUUAGAACAAAAAAGCAGGUCGAUGAUAGAGCUGGUGAGACUGUUUACGGUAUACUCUCUCAGCAGUUGUAUCGUUGAAGGGUGCUGUUUGGGAUGCAUACAGAUAUACACUGAAGGAGCUAGAUUGAAUCGGUUCUUUCAUGCAAAUAAACAAAACAAAUACCAGAAAAUAAUCAAGAAGCAGCCCCUUUCGUAAUGUCUGAUACACUGUUUUCCGGAUCAGUUUCUAGUGUGAACAGUAUUAUUCAAGAAUCACGAGAGGUUUUUUCAACAGCCCAGCUGUCACAAAUAAUGACAGCUGUUGUAAAACAUCUUGCAAGUUUUGAAUUAUGCUGUUCAAAUUGAAAACUGACCCGGAAAACAGUGUGAUAAGAAGCAAAAUUAUUAUGGGCUAUUCGGCCAAUAGAGCAGCAGAGAGUAAACCAAGAAACUAGACUAUUACAAAAGUAUCGAUCGGCACACAUAUAAUAUUGAUCGGUUGGACGUAGCUUACUUGACAUCUUGCCAUAUGCGCUGGACACAUGUGGACACACAACAGCACACCAACGAAGCAUUUUUUUUUCACUCUUUUGGUUCGCUAUUAUUACAGCCUAGAAGAACUUUAUGUUCCUUUUUACCGUCGUAAAUCGAUCGUAAUUUUAAACAAUUUGCAUACACAUAAUAAAGUAAACAUAAUGAGUUUUUAUAACAGUUACAAAUCCUAGAUUGGGAUGUUUUCACAGCGCAUCACUGUAAGGAUGCAAAAUUUGAUCGAACGCGAAGCAGCAGUAGGUGCGCAAUCGGAAAUGUGAUGAUGAAAAUUAUAUUACUAUUUCACAAUUAUUAUUGGUUAUUAUUGAUUACUGAAUUUAUAUUACAAACAUGGCCCUUCCCCCUAGUAUCACAAUGGGGGAACUUGUAAGAUCAUGAUGGGUAAAAUCAUAAUAUGCAAUAUACACAUAUAAAUAUAUAUAUAGUUAUAUAUAGUUAUAUAUAAAAAGCUCCACAAUCGAGAACUGCUGCGGUAUGUUGAGGAAAACUGCGGGGGACAUGGUAAUGAUCGAUCAUUGUUUUUUAACAUCGUUUUGCUGCAACAAUCCAUGCUACAAGUAGUCAGCAACAGAGAGCAACAACACUUUGUGCAGGCAGGGAAGCAAAAACGCAUGAUGCUUCAAAAGAAAGGUGUGUAUUUUACUGCUUUGGAAUGACCGACAACGCUGUCAGCUGAACGCGACGAACAGAAACAAUGUGCAAAGUGUGCGAUCGUGUGUGAGAGAAGAGAUUGGUUCGAUCGGGGUCAAUUGCAAACGUUAAGGGUGCAUCGAAUACGCGACGAACCUUAUCUGGAUCUCUAUUACGUUCGUACCUUCCCUUUGCACACACAGAUAGGUUUGCAAAAUCUGACGGCUGUUGGGAUUAUUUGAACGGUCACUUGCUCCUUUCCCCCGUUUCGACGAACGGACUCGUAUGCUUUAUUGCCCUGAAAAACUUAAACCUUCGCUGCGUUGAUCGCAUUGGCGGUUAGGUAUUGAGGUUCUGAAAAGGAAAGAUGUUUUCUAAACAAUGAAACUGCCUUUUAUCUCGAUGUGUGUUGCUCCUGUUUACUAUCUGCUGGAUUUGGAAACGACCCCAUGUGUCUUGAUCCAUGGAAGCGUUCCGCAGCAAACAAAUCUAACCUUUGCCUUGUCAAUGGUGAACAUCAUGUGCAAAUGGAUCGAUAGACCACAAUUAAGAAGUCUCACGUGUACCCCUACGGAAAGAGAAAUGUUGCAACGUUGCUGAUAUAUUGAAACAUAACGUAACGUGAUUGUACAAUACCUGCUGCUGUUAAGAGCUGUUAUAACAGAUGCAAAAGUACAUACACAAGAGCACAUACACACCAGGCUGUGCUGUGCUGAAACAAAACUGCUAAGAGCUGAUGCUGCUAAUGAACACGAUAUAUAGACGACGAUAAACCUACUGUCUACUGCUACCACUUACUACUACUGCUACCACAACUACUCCACACUAUUAUGUGCGAAACUCGAUGUACGAAACACAGAAACAGUCGCUCCCGCGGUCGAUAAAGAUGCAUUUUUAAAAAGGAAGUCGCAUCGCCAACAUGAGACAAAAGAGAGAGAAAGAGAAAGGUAUAGAGAGAGAUUGAACCAGGAGAAAACACAGAGGAAACUCAACACAAAUUGUAGCAAAUUAAACACGCAUCGCCGGAGAGUAGCUAAAUGUAAUCGUAAUCGUAACAGAAAACAUUUUGUGUUGGAGAUCACACAACUCGCGGGGUUAAAGGGAACCCUCGCGUGGGCGUGUGUGCUGGGUGUGUGUUGGUGUGUAGGAAGAGCGGAAAGAAGAGGAAGCUCUAGGGCGUCGAACAGCGCAAGAGAAAGGUGAAGAAAAGACGAUAUAAACCGAAGCAUAAGGAAGAGAAUAUAAUACAAAAGAAUAAAAAAAAUGCAAAAUUGAAAAUAUUAUGGAACAAACCCAUAAAAUAUACUUAAAAUUUGAAAAAAAAAAACAAGUGAUUUGGA